AUGGAGGUUCUCAGUGACGUUUGGAUUAUGGAGUUACAAGGGGACACUGUUGCUAAAUGGACUUUACUGGACAGCAAGGAAGACUAUAACGGGGAUGGUGGCUGUGACGGGGUUGGGGGUGGCCUUGCAAGUGGGGGUGAAGGGAUCAAAAGGAUCGAAGGAGCGGAAGGAGCGGAAGGAGCGGAAGGGAUGGAAGGAAUGGGAGGGAUGGAAGGGACGGAAGGGGAGGGUUUGGUUGGGCCUGGGCCGAGGGCCGGGCAUUCUGCAACGCGGUUGGUGGACGGGCGGGUGGUGCUGUUUGGGGGCGAGGGGGAGAACAGGGACCGGCGGAACGACCUGUGGGUCUUGGAUGUGAGGAAGAGAGUGAGGGCCCUGGGCUGGUGCGGUGAGAGGCGUGGUGGUGCGAUGUGUAGUGGUGUGUGUGGUGGUGUGUGUGGUGGUGUGCGUGGUGGUGUGUGUGGGGCUGUGAGCGAGAGGCAGGCAGUGGGGUUGCUAGAGGGGGAGGGGAGAUGGGUGAAUGGCCGGUUGGUGGGUGCGGAGCUGAGGGAAAGAGGGGAGUUGGAGCGUGAAAGGUUGGAGGGUCGAGGGUUGGAUGGUCGAGGGUUGGGGGGGGAUUAUUAUGCGGAGGGUUUGAGAGAGUGUGCGGUACGUGGUGGGGGUGCUAGGAGUGGGGGAGGGCCAGUGGAGGAGGUGGGCGGCUGUAUGGAUGACAGAGGAAGAGAGGGUGUUGCAGAGGGGGCGUGUGAGUGGAAGCUGAAGGCGGUGUCUGAAGCAGGGCAAGCUGGUGGAGUGCCUAGAGCAGCAGAGGCGGCACAGGAUGCCCAGGUGGUGCAGCAGCAGCAGCAGCAGCAGGGGAGGAGAGGGGGAGCUCUGACUCACCACCACAGACUUCCUGCUGCUGUUCCUUGUCUGAGCACACAGACAGGCACAGAUAGAAUACUACCUGUAGCGCCAGCUGUAGCUCCCACCAUAGCACAACCAGCAGCGACAGCAACGGUAACAGCUGCAGCAGUGGCACCAGCAGUACGAGAAGCACCUACGGCACGAACCACAAGCAAUCCACCUGUACCCCCACUCUCCCUGCCAUCACCCCAACCAGCCUUGAAGCAGGCCCCAAAGCGGCACCCAUACUGGCACCGGGUGCAGGCACUGGGAGUAGCACCAGCAGCAAGGGCGUACCAUGGGGCUUGUGCUGUGGCAGGGGGCACGGCUGUGCUUGUGUACGAUCGACCAGUGCAAGGGACACACACACGCAGCAACCGCGGAGGGGUAGCGUUGCGUAGGGACUUCCAGCGCGGCAGGAACGGGCGGGUAGGCAGGUCGGGGCAGACAAGUGGGGUGAGUAAGCGCCACGACAAUUUCUGUCUCCUCCGCUUCCCUGUGCUUGCUCCCAUGUUCUCUCCGUCCUCUGCUGACCCGCACACACCCACCUCUCUCUCCCUCUCCCUCUCCCUCCCCGUCCCUCCCUGUCGCCUCCCGUCCCCUCCUCGCGCCUCUCGUGGCAGCUGUCGCUUUGGGGCGCGCUGCAGGUUCUCGCACCAGGCUCCCGCUCCCGCGCAGCAGCAGGCACCACGCCACAGCUUGACCUGCCCCGCUCUUUAUGGAGGAGGCAGGAAGCUGACGCUUGGCACAGGGCAUGCACAUAAGGAGGAAGGCAAGGCAAGUCAAGCAGGCAUGCACACGCUUAUGCUUGUUCCCGCCCUCUCUUUCCUGCCUGCCUGCCAUGUGCCCCUGCCCCGCACCGCACACCAUUCUUAUCAUCCUCCUGCGCCCUCUGCGCGUCUUCCUCCCCACCCACUCGUAUGCUCCUCCCCGUCCCUCUUCCUUUCCCGCUCUCCCCCUCUCCCUCUUCUCCUCCCCCUCUUCCCCUCCCCCUCUUUCCCUUCCCCUCUUCCCCUCCCCUUGCCUCCCUCCCCCGCCCCUUUCCCCCCCCAUCAGGGGAACCGCUACGCGGAGCCCAGUGGACAGUGGGGUGGGGGGGGCGGAUGGGGGGGAGGAGGUGGCAGGGGGCAGGGGGGAGGGGGAGGAGGUGGAGGGGGGCGGGGAGGGCGCGGAGGGGGGGGUGGGGGACGGCAGGGAGGGGGUGGGGGGCAGCAGGUUGUGCCUCGAGAGCACAGCUGCACGGAUCGGCUGGACUGUGAGUCGAUCAUAGCAGAGGAUGUGGAGAAUGAACGCCCGAUGUGGCGCCCAUCUGUAUACGCACACUGGAAGUAUUUACCCUGUGAUGUGGGGACAGAUGUGAGUCCAGAGGAGGCUCGCCUGCUCGCCUACACACAGGCGGCUCAGGGCGUUCCCCUGCCCUCCAUUGUGGCAUCAGAGCGGGCCAUGCUCGCCAAUGCCGAGGCCAUCCAUGCUGCCUUCCGCUCCCGCCGCUACACCGGCCCGGUCCGACAAAACCCUCCCAUUACCACCACCGCAGCAGCAGCACCCUCUGCCAUGCCAUUCUCCUCCGCACCCGCCUUCCCCCCGCCCGCCUUCCCCGCGCCCUCCCCCGCCUUCUCCGCCUCUCCAUCCGCCCCCGGCGCCCCUCUAGGUGCAGGGGGUAUGCUGUUUGGGAAGGUAGUGUCAGCACAACCAGCGGCAGCAGCAGCUGCCAUGUCUCCAUCACCGUUCGGCGCUACCCCCGCCUCCGCCUUCCCCCCGCCCCAGCAACAACAACAACAGCCGUCGCCGUUUUCCUUUGGCAAAUCCCCGUUCUCGAAUGCCCCAUCUCCUUUCUCCAACGCCGCAUCUCCGUUUUCCAACGCCCCAUCUCCUUUCUCACCGGCACCACCACAGCAGCAGCAGCACCAGCAGCUUGUUUUCGGACAACCCUCCUCCACCACCACCUCUCCCUUCCACACUGCUCCGUCACCCUCCCCAUUCGCCCCAACCACAUCGCCUUCCCCAUUCUCCCCCUUUGGCGCUAGCAGCCCCUCUCCCCUCUCCACCUCCCCCCCCGGCUUCCCCCAGCCUGCUUCCGCCCUGCCCCUUGCUGCUGGUGGUGCUGCUGGUGUGGGGGGUGGUGAGGGUGGGGGCGGGACCCUGUGGGCUGCAACCAGAUGGAAGCUUGGAGAGAUACCAGAAGACAAGCCGCCUCCUGCCGUGCGUGUAUGA